AUGGCACCGCCAUUGCCGCAACUCCCUUAUCCCGCCGAGUCGCAUUCCCCGCCGCGACGGCGGCGAGAGGACCCCUCCGCUGCGCGCGUCGCCGCCUUGUGUCCGCCUUCGCCGUUCCCGCACCCAUGGAAUCUCCCCCCCGUCGCCCCGCCCUCCGCCACGCAUUCCCCCCGUCUCCCCGUCCUCCCACGCGCGCAUUCCCCCGUCCCCUCUCCGCCGCGCAUCCCCCCUCCCCAUCCUCCCACGCGCGCAUCCCCCCUUCCCCGUCCUCCCACGCGCAUUCCCCCCUCUCCCCGUCCUCCCACGCGCAUUCCCCCCUCUCCCCGUCCUCCCACGCGCAUUCCCCCCUUCCCCCACCGCCAGGCGGCGCUGGGCGUGCUGCUGCUGUCCGUGCCCGUGGUGCCCGCGCUGCCGCGCUGCCAGUGGUCCGCGCCGCUCUACUUCGGCCUACUCGCGCUCUGGGCCGUCUACGUGGGCAGCCACCGCAGCCUCACCCGUCCCCCAGUGCAGGCAGUGAGCAUGCAGCAGGGCAUGGCAGUGCCCGUGCUCUGCUCCAUCACGCUCUUCUCCCUCUACUGCCUGCUGCGCUUCGCCCCGGAUCUCGACCUGAGAGUGCUCUUCUCCUCCUACCUCACGCUCGUGGGCGGAGUGGCAGUGGCCAGCCACCUUGCUGACCCACUCAAGGCCGCGUUGCCCAAGGAGAUCAAUGACCGUCUUUCCGUCACGCUAGACAUCCCCUCGUGGCUGUUAGAGAGCUCCACUCCUUCCUCCCCCCCCUCCUCUCCCUCCUCCUCUUCUUCUUCCUCCCCCUCCCCCACCCCCUCCUCCUCUUCCCCCUCCUCCUCCACCCCCUCCUCCUCCCCGUCCCCAACCCCGUCCGCCGCUGCGCCAGCAGUGCUCACCCUCUCAGCGACUGACGUGCUCUCUGCGGCCUUGGGCAUGGCGAUGGCGGUGGCAUCAAUGCAGCCCUCGGCGCCCUUCUCCCUGGGCAACAUAGUGGCUGUCUGCAUUGUCUCCGAGGUGCUGCAGAUGCUCUCCCUGCGCAGCUUCGCGGUGGCGUCAGCAGUGCUGGUGGGGCUGCUGCUAUAUGACGUGUUCUGGGUGUUUGGCUCCUCGCCCAUCUUUGGAGACAACGUCAUGGUCACGGUGGCCACAUCGGAUGCUCUAGUGGGACCCAUGAAGCUCGUCUUCCCUCGCUGGACGGUUGACGCUGCAUCACCCUACUCCAUUCUAGGCCUGGGAGACGUGGCAGCGCCAGGCCUUCUCAUGGCACUCAUGCUCCGAUUCGACUCGCACCGCUCUUCGUCCUCUGCUGCCGCCGCCGCUGCUUCUGCAGCAGACACUCCCACCAAAGAUUCAACAGCGCAGGGCGAGGCCAGCAGCAGCAGCAGCAAAGGGGCGGAGGGCAAGCAGCAGGGGAUGGUUGUGGCAGCGGUGGGGGACGGUGCUGCAGGGUUGGAAGACAAGACGUACUUCCUCGUCUCUGUUGCUUCCUACCUCGCUGGCCUCGCCAUCACCAUCGGAGUGAACACAGUGACAGGCGCAGCUCAGCCGGCCCUGCUGUACCUGGUGCCGUCAUUGCUGCUGGGCGUGUCAGCAGCUGCAGCAGCUAGGAGCGAGCUGGAUGUGCUAUUGCGAUUCGAUGACACCGCUGCAGGGGGUGCUGGUGGGGAUGGCAUGGAGGGGGGUCUGCUUUUCAAGCCUGUGCCGGUGCAAAGGGAGGGUCUCACAUGCGUCACAAAUCCCCUCCCUCUUUUUCACGUUCCACCAGCCGUUUUUAUCCCUCCCCUCCCCCACUUCCCCACCCUCCCCUCCCCCACACUCCCCCCAAUCUCUUCCCCCACCUUCCCCCCUUCACCCUCCCCCUCUUCCCCCCUUCACCCUCCCCCUCUUCCCCCCUUCACCCUCCCCCUCUCUGCUCAUCGCUGCUCUGGUCCCCGCGCGCCCGCGGCCUCCGCCCACCCUCCCUCCGGUUCCGCAUUCCUAAUUUCCUCCACUCCUGACCGCCUGCUUCUCUGCCCCCACUUCCCCCCCUUUCCCCCCACCCCACACCCGCCCCCCCCUCUCCCCUUCUUCCCCCUUUCCGCCGCCUCUCCCCCUCCCCCGCCAGUCCCCCGGGGUACUAUUUCCGCGCGGGCGUGGGUGAGGGGCGGCGCAAGUGGCAUUGCACGCCGCUCCCGGCACCUCUGUCCCCCACCCGCUUCCAACCCCCACCCCCUCUUUGCCGUCUCUCCUCCCUGCCCACUCCCAUCGCAGGUGCCAUGGAUGAAGCCCGGGUACGACGCCAUUCUGAGCGCCAACGCCAGUGCCAACCCGGCAGUGCACGAGUGGAACCUGGCACCAUGGAUGAAGCCCGGGUACGACGCCAUUCUGAGCGCCAACGCCAGUGCCAACCCGGCAGUGCACGAGUGGAACCUGGUGCGCGUGCUGUACUGCGAUGGAGGAGGGUAUGCCGGCACCAAAGGCCGUGUCAAGCUCACUGACGGCACCAGCAUCUACCUCGAUGGAUGGAAUGUUUUGCGAGCUGUUGUGCAAGAUCUCUGUGCCAAUCGCGGCAUGGAUUCGCCGUCCCACAUUCUUCUUUCGGGCAGCUCGGCUGGCGGGCAGGCGGUCGUGAACCUCUGUGAUUGGCUGGCAGCGAGCUUCCGGAACGCCACCACGCGAUGCCUGGUGGACUCAGGGUUCUUCAUGGACGCCAAGGACCGGGUGGGCAAGCAUGGCUUCAGAUUGGUGGCUCAGAGCAUCACAGCACUGCACCGACCAUACAACCCCUACUGCGCCUUUGCAGCAACCUCCGCCCAGCAGUGGAAGUGUUUCUUCCCACAGUACACUCUACGCACCAUUGCCUAA